CCCGCCGCGCGGCCCCGGACGCGGUCUCACACCCCCGGUGCGGUAGCUGGCACUCGGCUCGGCCCUGCACCGAACCAGGGACUCGGAUCUGGGCUUCUCUGGGCCACCGCCGCCUGCGAAUCUGCUGGCAGGAUGUAGACACUCCUGAGUUAGAAUGGAAACAUUUCUGGAGAUGCAGCCACAGAGCCCCCAAGUAAUUGUCAAGCAAUUGAUAAAGGGCUGUGACGUGGUAAUAAGAGGGAAGAAGGAGGCUAAGGCAUCCAGCACCCCCCCGUCCUCCGGCUCCUGGUCCCCAAGAAGGUCUCGCGGGGGCAGGGGUGGGGGAUAGAUCGUGAUGCCCACAGUCUCCCUCGGCUUUCCGGGAGGAGAGGCAGGGACGUUGGCUGAGAGGCAGUUGCCGUGUUCUUGGAAGGUACCUUCCACUGAAGGAUGCAGCUGUCUGGCUGUCCGACUGGCUGCAGUGUCUACACGUUUUGUCCCUGGAAUUGCUGGCUAUGUGGUUAACAGUUCGGGGGUGUUUUAUAACCCUGCUUCCGAGCCACAGGCCAGGAGGCUUGGCAGGCAAGGAACUUAAGUUUGCAAACAUACCUCAGUUUAUCAUCCUGAGUCCUGCACAGACUGGCUUUGUAUCUGGUACCAGGAGUGUUUGCCUUUUUUUUUUUUUUUUGCCAGCACAGAGUCUCCUUUGGGGUGGCACUGGAUAGCCCCUUAUUUCAGCUGCUCACGACACAUCUUUGCCUCAUUUUUCUAAAACAUGAUCUCUAGCCUGGUCUCAGCUCCGAGGCAAGGACAUAACCGUUAAGAACGAUAAUACCCUAGGAAAUUCUGCCACCAUUUGAGUGAUUAAUGAAACAGUAAGUAAAACUUCCAUGUAUUUUCUAGCACCUGCAAACAUUCCUAAACCUUUCAGCCAAAAUAUGUACAGGUGAAUGUUGCAGACAAAGCAAAGACAUCAGGACAUUAAAAAUGAAUCAAGGUUAAAGGUGAUGUCCUCCUUUUUAAAGCAUAUUGUUGUAUUCCAAGUACAUAUUCUGUAGAAGCCACCUGGAAGAUCUGGGCAACCUAACCAUUCUCUGCUCUCUAGAAUUUCAAUACCAAGGGUGCCUUUCUCUCACCCUCCAAAUCAACAUGUGGUAAAUAAUUAUUCGAAGCGCCUGACAGUGGGGGCGUGGCAGCCGCGGUGAGGAUGAAGAGAUAGGAAGAGUAAACCUAAUACCAUAAAUUGCAUAUUAACAGAUCUUUGUAUCAUCACAAAUAGUUACUUUUUCCACGUGCCCUGGAAGUUUCAGCAAGCACCUAAAGAAUAUUUUUAAGAACCCUAGUUGCUCUAUUUAAAAAAAUGGGUUCUUUUAAGAUAAUUUCUCUUAGCCUUUCAGCUACAUAGCUGGUGCAUUAGUAUAACAAUAACUUAAGAGGUUUUAAAAUUAAAUGCCAGAAGAAAGGAAGAGGAGGAAAGCAAAACAAAACAAACUAAAACAAAAAAACACACAAAAAAACAAAUCCGUGUCUAAUGAGGAUAAAAGUAGGAUGUUAUCAGCUGUUUGAUAUACAGCUGAUAAAAAUUAUCUCCAGCUAAGCAUCCUUGAGGUCUGAUUACAGAAGUGCCCCUACCCACCCACACACCUAAAAUUUAUUUAAGAGAUCAGCCUAGGUUCUUCCUGGCGCUUAGGAAGAAGGCUGGUAUGGCUGGGUCCCUUGCCAGUUCUUCCAAGCCAUGGCGCUUCCCAGCAAGUUUUUUUUGUGGUUUGGCUGCUUUUCCUGGCUGUGUGUUCCUAGGAGCCUUGCUUCUCUAGCUUCCAGGGGAGGAGCUCAGAUGGCAGCCAGUGCUGAACUGGAACCGGAGGCUGAGCCCUGGUCCUGGCUGCAGCCUCCAGAUGGGAGAGACAGAUCUGGCCUCCUUCCCCCGCUCUUCAAGGUCCUGUGUGAUGGGCAAGGGGGGCUCCCUAGGCUGCAGCCGGACUCCAGGGCUUUGCGCUACAUGAAGAGGCUCUAUAAGGCAUAUGCCACCAAGGAGGGGAUCCCCAAAUCCAACAGAAGUCACCUCUACAACACUGUGCGGCUCUUCACCCCUCACAUCCAGCACAAGGAGCAGGCUUCUGUGGACCAGGUGACAGGACCCGUGCCAUCUGUGGACCUGCUGUUUAACCUGGACCGGGUUACCGCUGUGGAGCACCUCCUCAAGUCAGUGUUGCUGUAUACUUUCAACACCUCCGCCUCUUUCCCCUCUGCUGCUCAGUGUGUGUGCCACCUGGUGCUGAGAGAGCCAGAGUCCAGUGCCAGCAAGACUCCCCCCCGAGCUCCGCGCUCCGGCACCUUUACGGCCCCGUUUGAAUUAAAAAAGAAAUACAAAUGGGUUGAGGUCGAUGUGACUGCCCUGCUUCAGCCUCUCGUGGCCUCCGACAAGAGAAGUGUCCACGUGUCGGUGGCUUUUACGUGCGUGAAAGACAAGCUGCAGCGCCCGUCUGUGCAGGACAGUCCCUUCAACCUGGUACGCCCCUCCCUGCUGCUGUACCUGAAUGACACCAGUGCCCAGGCUCAUCACAGGUGGUACUCGCUCCACUACAAAAGGAGCCCUUCCCAGGUUCCCGACCAGCGAGGCCUGCCUGCCUGUCCUGUAGGGGAAGAGGCUGCUCAGCGAGUAAGAUCGCCCCGUCACCGGAGAGGCCGGGAAACGGUCACCUCGGCACUGAAGAAGCCUCUGGUUCCAGCUUCUCUAAAUCUGAGUGAAUACUUCAAACAGUUCCUGUUCCCCCAGAACGAGUGUGAGCUCCAUGACUUCAGACUUAGCUUUAGCCAGCUGAAGUGGGACAACUGGAUCGUGGCCCCGCACAGGUACAACCCCCGGUACUGCAAGGGGGAGUGCCCGCGGGCGGUGGGGCACCGGUACGGCUCUCCGGUGCACACCAUGGUGCAGAACAUCAUCUACGAGAAGCAGCUGGACUCCUCCGUGCCCAGACCGUCGUGCGUGCCUGCCAAGUACAGCCCUCUGAGUGUGCUGACCAUUGAGCCCGAUGGCUCCAUAGCUUACAAAGAAUAUGAAGACAUGAUAGCCACAAAGUGCACCUGUCGUUAACAGAUGGUCUUCCACACGAAAGCCUUGAGCCUCUUUGGCCAAGUCAAUGCCCUGCGCCUACCUGUGUCGUCAGGUGUCAGAUCUCACAAUUCAAUGCGGUGUGUCUUGUAUAAGGAGGAGUCUGUGUAGGUUAGCAUAUUCGGUGGCAUCUGUCAAUGUAAAGGGACAUCUGCCUUUUUUUAUUUACAAAUGUAAAUGAGUGUACUUAUUUUGGUGGGCUUUCCAUUUUUCCCCCCCCUAAGCAGUUCUUUUUUCUUUUCAUAAAUCUUUUUUUCUUUUUUCUUUUUCUUAUUUUGGUGUUAAAAACUUAAUGAGCAUUAAUCUUGAAUGGAAUUGCAGCUCUAAGUAGACAAUUCAGAGUGUUGUAUUAGUUCAUGGAAGAAUAAAUUCCUGUCGGUGGCA